AUGUCCUGUGGAUGCUCACGCCUUGUUCCUCCUGCAGACCAUCAUAACACCACCGGGCAGGUUGACCCCGCCGACCACGGAUAUGGCCCCAUCGAAAUCAGCCUGCCAGGAUACCCCAGCGAGAUCGACAGUCGGGUAAUUGGGACGAGCAAGGCUCCGAGCAUGGAAGUACCUUACAACUCCGACGUCAACUCAGGCCACCCGCUCGGACUCAGCUAUCUGCAGAGUACCGUGGGUAACGGCGAGCGUAGCAGCUCUGCGACUGCAUAUCUCGACCCUAUCCUUGGCAGAAAAAACCUACAUGUCCUUAUCUCCAAUACCGUUACAAGGCUGAUCCCAGUGAAAUCUACUCGUAACGGGCUUUCGCUCCGUGAGGUCGAAUUUGCACCAAAUGCUACAGCGAAGAGGUCGACAGUCACUGCCCGUAAGGAAGUUAUUCUUUCGGCAGGCGCAAUCAACUCGCCCCAGCUCUUGAUGCUUUCCGGUAUAGGCGACCAUGACGCGCUGGCCUCCAUUGGUAUCGAACCCUUGAUCCACCUACCCGACGUCGGACAGCAUCUGAGCGAUCAUCCCUAUGUGUCGAGCUACUGGACGGUCUCGUCGAACAUGACACUUGACAAUAUUUGGCGCGACCCCACGAUCUUCGACGCUGACAUGACCCAAUGGCUAACAAACCACACAGGCCAGUUCACUGCCACGCCGGGAAACACGAUCGCGUACUGUAGGAUACCUGAUGAUGAUAUCGCGCAAAAGAAUCUGUCGGAUCCGACACCUGGUCCAGAUAGCCCACACUUCGAAAUGCUUUUUGCCGUGAGAUGCUCUUUCCCUCAUACAGCUGCUGGUGGCCCUCACCUAACGCUUGAUUAG